AGGUAGCUUUGUUAGGGGAAACCCUGCAGAGAAGACCAGUAUGACUUUGACUGUUAAACAGACAACGUAUGUCGCUAUCAUUACUAUUAACUUCAUUUCAGGCUUGUCUUGUCUUCAGGUAACCUUUGAAUGUAUCGUAGGACUUCAGCCGGUUCAACAGAGCUUUGUGUCGUAUGUGUUGUGUGUUUUCUGCACAUGCAUGCUGACUCUGGUUUGUUUCUCCGUCACACAGAGGUGUCUUGUGUCUGGUUUUUGGGACAAUGUUGGUCGCGUUAGUUUGGAUCUUGACCCUGCAUGGGGUGCAAUCUGCCUGUGUCCUGAACGACAUUUGCCCGGAUGACCCUACGGUGCAGAGUGUAAUUGUGGAUGUGCACAAUGCCUUCAGGAGAGCGGUGGAGCCUGCUGCUGCCGACAUGCUGAUGAUGAGCUACAGUGAGGAGUUAGCAGUCACUGCUCAGGCUUGGGUUGACAAAUGUGUUUUGGACCACGGACCCCCCAGCUCCAGAAUGCUCAAUGGAUAUGAAUUAGGUGAGAAUCUGUUCUACUCAACCUCGCCAAACUCGUGGACGUCCGUCAUUAACGCCUGGUACAAAGAGGUGUCGCACUUCACCUUUCCAAAUGCAUCCACUAAUGGAAAACCCAUCGGACACUACACCCAGGUGGUGUGGAACAGCUCGUACAAGGUCGGCUGUGGCGUGACUCUCUGCUCCAACAACAUCUAUCUCUACGGCUGCCAUUACUAUCGCGCUGGAAACUUUAAGCGGUGGCCCCCCUACAAGGUCGGAACCCCAUGUGCUUCCUGUCCCAACAACUGCGUGGACAAACUCUGCACAAACCCCUGUCCUUACAUAAACCAGUACCUGAACUGCCCCGCCCUGAAAGCCUUGACGGGAUGUCAAAACGUUCACAUCGCCGCCUGGUGUCCCGCGUCAUGCAAAUGCUCCACUGAGAUCAUUCCAGUCUAUUAGACUGAAGCAGUGCUGCGACAUGCAGAUGGAAACAUGUGAUUGUUAUGAUGACUCAUGAAAAGACGCUGUUAAAAAUAAAGCGCCGCCGAUAUUCUUGUCAUCCUUACUGGGACGUUCUGGUGUUUUUCUUUCAAAUAAAUCCAUUUAUUUUAUUUUAAUAAAAGAAAGCCUGAUUUGAAAGUUUAUUAAUAGAGAAAUAUUAGAACAGCGAAUUAUUGUGGUGCUGCCAUCUAGUGGUUGUAGUCCUCAAUCACAGCAAAAAA